GAUUCACUCAACACCUCUUUUGAUCGUUAUAUUUGUUUCUGUCCGAAGAAGUAGAAAACAUUUUGCACUCCGUCUUCUGUACGAAAAGAUCUGUUAGUGGGACGAAAGUAUGGAGGCUAGCGGAAGAUAUAACUCAUAUGUAAAAGUUCCUCCGAGUGAAGAAAUUGUGAUUUCCGGUAUCGCUGGUCGGUUUCCUGAAACAAACAAUAUGAAGGAGUUGCAAGAAAAUCUCUUGAACAAAGUGGAUUUCGGUUCGGACGACAAUCGACGGUGGAGUAAUGUUUAUUAUGAUAUGCCAACUCGAAUGGGGAAAGUUAAUAAUGCAGACAAGUUCGACGCGCAAUACUUUGAUAUUUCACCUGAGGAGGCGCAUGUUACCGAUCCCAUGUGCAGGAUGUUGCUCGAGCACACCUACGAAGCGAUUAUCGACGCUGGAAUAAAUCCCAAAGAAUUGCGAGGGACAAAAACUGGUGUCUUCAUAGGAUCAUGUUACUCUGAAGCGACCAACGAGAUCCUUUAUUACAAGACUGAAGCAGCUGGAUACCCAAUUAUUGGCUGCAGUAAAUACUGGUUGGCGAACAGCAUUUCUCACUGGCUCGGCCUUACCGCACCAUCUUAUACCGUGGACACAGCCUGCAGUUCAAGCCACUUCGCUAUUGCAGAAGCUUACAGAAUGAUACGAAGUGGAGAAUGUGAUGCAGCUAUCGUGGGUGGUGUCAACCUAUGUCUUCAUCCUUAUACAUCGCUUCAGUUUUUUCAGCUCGGAGUCCUCUCCGCUGAUGGUUAUUGCAAGCCUUUCGAUGCUACCGGUACCGGUUAUAUGCGCAGUGAAACAAUCACAGUAGUGUACCUGCAGAAAGCAAAGAACGCGAAACGAAUUUAUGCUACUCUAAUCUACUCUAAAACUAAUUGCGAUGGUUGGAAGCCAGAGGGGAUUACGUUUCCUUCAUUGAGCAUACAAAAGGAAUUAUUGAAAGACUUUAUGACGACUGCGGCAUCCCACCCGAAGAGCUGUACUACUUAGAGGCCCACGGCACUGGUACUUUAGCAGGAGAUCCGAUAGAAAUUAAUGCCAUUGAUCAGGUUUUAUGUUCAAAGAGAACUACUCCUUUGUUGGUGGGCUCGGUGAAGUCAAAUCUCGGGCAUUCGGAACCUGCUAGUGGUCUUUGUCAAAUAGCUAAAGUACGUAU